UGCGCCAUUUUUACACCCGUGUUUAAGAAUCUUUAACUCAUUAUAUAUAAUGAGCAUUUAAGUAUCCAGUGAUUUCUGUAUGUGUAUGUUUUGUAGGAAUUUACGUGAUAUUGUUAUCGACUUCCUCAAUAACUUCAUGAAGACUGAAUGAAUCAUGGAAGACACACAAGCAUUCAGAGAUAGAGACGUUUCUCCAGGAUGCAGUAAGUUUCAGGGGGACAGAUCAGUCUCAUCAGAGUCCAGCUGUGUGUCCAUGAAGAGUGACCAGUCUAUGGAUAAACCAGUCAAAUUUGAGGGAAGACACACAUCACCUGAUCUCAGUGAAUUUCAGGGGGACAGGUCAAACUCAUCAGAGCCCAGCUGUGUGUCCAUGAAGAGUGACCAGUCUAUGGAUAAACCAGUCAAAUUUGAGGGAAAACACACAUCACCUGAUCUCAGUGAAUUUCAGGGGGACAGGUCAAACUCAUCAGAGCCCAGCUGUGUGUCCAUGAAGAGUGACCAGUCUAUGGAUAAACCAGUCAAAUUUGAGGGAAGACACACAUCACCUGAUCUCAGCCUAAGGGACAGAUCAGUCUCAUCAGAGCCCAGCUGUGUGUCCAUGAAGAGUAUACAGUCUUUGGAAAAAACAGUCAAAUUUGAGGGAAGACACACACCACCUGAUCUGAGUGAGCAGUUAGCUGACACUCAAGGAAUAUUUGGGGCAAAAAACAUGCCAUCUAAUCUGAGUCGUGACUCUCAACUGGACCAAAGCAGAUUCAAAUCAAAUCUACUGAAGAAGUUUGAGCGUCUGUAUGAAGGAACAGCGAUGCAGAGAAACCCAACUCUCCUGAAUGAGAUCUACACAGAGCUCUACAUCACAGAGAGUGAGAGUGGAGAGAUCAAUAAUGAGCAUGAGGUGAGACAGAUUGAGACACAAUCCAGGAGAGCAGCAACAGAGGACACAGCCAUCAAAUGCAAUGACAUCUUUAGACCUUUACCUGGACAAGACAAAGCCAUCAGAACUGUGCUGACAAAGGGAGUCGCUGGCAUUGGAAAAACAGUCUCUGUGCAGAAGUUCAUCCUGGACUGGGCUGAAGGGAAAGAGAAUCAGGACGUACAGCUCAUAUUUCCACUUCCUUUCCGAGAAAUCAACCUGAUGAAGGACAAAACAAUCAGUCUUUCAGAUCUUCUUCAUGUCUUUUUCCCUGAAACAAAAGAAAUAGAAAUAUCCAGUGAUGAAUAUAAAGUGCUGUUCAUCUUUGAUGGUCUGGAUGAGUGUCGUCUGUCUCUGGAUUUUAAGAGUAAAGUGAAACUGUGUAAUAUAUCUGAAUCAGUCUCAGUGGAUGUGCUACUGAUGAACCUCAUUGUGGGGAAUCUGCUUCCCUCUGCUCUCAUCUGGAUCACCUCCAGACCAUCAGCAGCUGAUCUCGUCCCCUCUGAGUGUGUCCAUCGAGUGACAGAGGUACGAGGCUUCAAUGAACCACAGAAGGAGGAAUACUUCAGGAAGAGAAUCAGUGAUCAGAGUCUGGCCGACAGGAUCAUCUCACACCUGAAGUCAUCAAGGAGCCUCUACAUCAUGUGCCACAUCCCAGUGUUCUGCUGGAUCUCAGCCGCUGUUCUGGAGAAGAUGUUGAGUGAAGCAGAGAGUGGAGAGAUUCCCAAGACUCUCACUCAGAUGUACACACACUUCCUGAUCCUUCAGACCAACAUCAAACAUGAGAAGGACUAUGAGAAAACAGUCAAAGAUGAAGAUAUGAUCCUCAAACUGGGAAAACUGGCUUUUCAGCAGCUUGUGAAAGGAAACCUGAUCUUCUAUGAGGAAGACCUGAGAGAGUGUGGAAUUGAUGAGACAGAAGCAGCAGUGUACUCAGGAUUGUGCACUCAGAUUUUCAGAGAGGAGUCAGGCUUGUAUCAGGGAAAAGUCUUCUGCUUUGUUCAUCUGAGCAUCCAGGAACAUCUAGCAGCUCUAUAUCCACAUCUCUCUUGUACAAAGAACUACAGAAAUGUGUUUGACCAAACCAAACAAAGUGUCUUCACCAAAGUUUUAAAAAAGAAGAAAUAUAAUUCCAUAUCUCAUUUGCAUAAUAGAGCUGUGGAUGAAGCUUUACUGAGUAAAAAUGGACAUCUGGACCUUUUCCUGCGUUUUCUUCUGGGUCUUUCAUUGGAGUCCAAUCAGACUCUCUUACGAGAACUACUGGUACAGACAGGAAGCUGCUCCUUCAACAAAGAGGAAACAGUUGAGUUCAUCAAACAGAAGAUCAGGGAGAAUCACUCUCCAGAGAGAUCCAUCAAUCUGUUCCACUGUCUGAAUGAACUGGGAGAUGAUUCACUGAUGCAGGAGAUCCAGGGUUAUCUGACAUCUGAACAAAUUGGAGAAACCAAACUCUCCUCUUCACAGUGGUCAUCUCUGGUUUUUGUGCUGCUGACAUCAGAGCAGAAGAUGGAUGAGUUUAAUCUGAAACAGUUUAUUGGAGGCCAAAAUACAGCAGAUGAAGUUCUUCAGAAGUUGCUGCCUGUGAUUAAAGAAUCCAGAUCAGUUCAUUUGAGUGAUUGUGGAGUCACAGAUGAAGGUUGUGCUGCUCUGGCUUCAGCUCUGAGAUCAAACCCCUCACACCUGAGAGAACUGGAUCUGUCAUUUAAUAAACUAGGAGCGUCAGGAGUGAAGCUGCUCUCUGAUCUACUGAAGGAUCCUCGCUGUAAACUGGAGACAUUGUGGUUGAUGGAUUGUGGAGUCACAGAUGAAGGUUGUGCUGCUCUGGCUUCAGCUCUGAGAUCAAACCCCUCACACCUGAGAAAUCUGAAUCUGUCUGGAAAUAAACUAGAAGAGUCAGGAGUGAAUCUGCUCUCUGAUCUACUGAAGGAUCCUCGGUGUAAACUGGAGAAACUCUGGUUGAGUGAUUGUGGAGUCACAGAUGAAGGUUGUGCUGCUCUGGCUUCAGCUCUGAGAUCAAACCCCUCACACCUGAGUGAACUGGAUCUGUCUGGAAAUAAACUAGGAGGCUCAGGAGUGAAUCUACUCUCUGAUCUACUGAAGGAUCCUUACUGUAAACUGGAGACACUCUGGUUGAGUGAUUGUGGAGUGACAGAUGAAGAUUGUGCUGCUCUGGCUUCAGCUCUGAGAUCAAACCCCUCACAUCUGAGUGAACUGGAUCUGUCUGGAAAUAAACUAGGAGCAUCAGGAGUGAAGCUGCUCUCUGAUGGACUGAAGGAUCCUCGCUGUAAACUGGAGAAACUGAGGUUUAGUUAUUGUGGAGUCACAGAUGAAGGUUGUGCUUCUAUGGCUUCAGCUCUGAGAUCAAACCCCUCACACCUGAGAGAACUGAAUCUGUCUGGAAAUAAACUAGGAGACUCAGGAGUGAAGCUGCUCUCUGAUGGACUGAAGAAUCCUCACUGCAAACUGGAGAAACUCUGGUUGAGUGAUUGUGGAGUCACAGAUGAAGGUUGUGCUGCUUUGGCUUCAGCUCUGAGAUCAAACCCCUCACACCUGAGAUAUCUGAAUCUGUUUGGGAAUAAACUAGGAGUGUCAGGAGUGAAGCUGCUCUCUGAUCUGAAGGAUGAUCCACAUUAUAAUCUGAAGAUGCUUGUGUGAGUGAUUAAAAAUGUUAGAAAAAAAUGUUAUUUAUUUCAUGUUUAGUACAGUACAAAUUAAUUUAUGUAUUCAUUCACUUAAAAGCACCCUGCAAUUGUACAUUUAGGAUAUUAAACUGAAUUGGAAGUUAAUUCUUCAAGACCUUUCAGGAUAAGAGAUUGACUAAAUAUGAGCUCCUAAAACUUACUGCAGAUUCUGGAAGAUCAAUUCUUCAAACAGUGGUAUAAAAGGAUGUGAUGCUGGUCCUUCAAGAGUCACUCUCAACUUAUCUGUCCAUAAAACCUAUAAAACAUAGUCUUCAUGUAUUUCACAACACUUCAGCAUGUGAUUCUUAUUAACUGAGGGUCAUAUUUUAGGAUUUUUGACCCAAGCAAAAGUCUCAGAGAACCUGACAGCUUGUGAUUCUGGAGACUCGAAGGCUGCAGUUCUGGAAAACGCUGGUGCUGGAGACUAAAUGUUUCCUGAUUGUUUUACAUCUAACUCUUCACAUUUAUUCUUAAUUCUUUUGCAGUUAACGUGUCUUCUACUCCACCUGUUUUUUCUGACCCAGCGUGCAUCUCAUUGUCCAAUGGUCAUGCCUUAACUUUGCAAUUUCUGUAUUGCAUUAGUUUUUUAUAUUUCUCAUGGGGAUUUAAUCAUUUUUUUAAAAAGUGAAAUCACUUUUUUGGCUCAUUUUAUCAGUAAAAGAAAACCUGCCUAACAAUUCUGCACAACUGAAUAUAAAGAGUUCACUUCCAGCCUUCAUGGACAAUUAUAUAUCAUUAUAAAUGAUUAAAUACAAAGUGAAUAGUAGCUAUUAAGAUUG